GGAGGGCAGACGGAGGUUUAAGAGACGGUCCAGAGGAGGCCGGGAGGAAAGGGAGGCGGCAGGGAGAAGUAGGGCGAAGGGAGGACAGAAAGCGGAACGUAGUUUAGAGGUUGAGUGACGUAUGGAGGAAGGGAAGAGGCAAGGGGGAGAUGAGCAUGGGAAAAAGCGUGAAGAGGAAGAGGAGGAAGUGGAAGGAGGCCGGGAGGAAGGGGAAAGUCGGCAGGGUGAAAGAGCGGAGGGAGGGCAGAUGGAAGGAGGAGGGAGGGCAGAGGAUUGGUGGGGUACGGAGCAAGGGAAGAGGCAGCUGCUGCCCUCAAGUGACGUUCCAACAGGACAAGCGGAGGCUGGAUCGGCACUGUUUCCGCUAGCCAAGCCACCACGAGGAGUGAAGCUACUGAGGGAGAAACGGGCAAUUUAUUUUGAGGUGGAGUUAGGACAUUUGUGGCGGAGGAGGGAUGGUGUGAAAGACACCCAGCCACAGCACGCUCAUGGUGAAACCCUUGGGGGAAACAACUGUCUAGCAACACCACGUUAUGGGCAUGGGCUUCGGGACAAGAACCUUCUAGAAGACACAGGAAAAUGUGAUGAUGGGAAUGCGGGAGGUGGAGGGAGGUCUGGAGUCAGGGAUGAUGAGAUAUCGGCAGUCACUGCAAGGGAUGAAGAUAUCACACUGGAGCAGAGAAAUGCGGCGACUACCCCUUUGCCAGAGCUUGUUGAUCCUCCUCCGCGAAGCACCAACAUUGGGAGAGAAGGUUGGCAAACUGAGGGAAUGGAAGGCAUAGGAAACAAGAGCUUUUAUUUUGAAAACCCACCAUCAUCGCUGAUCUAUCCCAUACAAGGGGUUCUUUUACCUGUCUGGCCUGCUGCUCCAGCACGGACCUAUUUGAGGCGAUGCUGGCUGCAGGGCUGGAGUGGAAGAAGUCUCUUCGAGAAUGUUGUGUAUUUGGCUGGUCUUGGAAGAUGGGGCCAAGACUUUUCGAGACUUGAAGAGGUUGGUGAAGAGAUAGAGAAGAAGGUACCUCAGCAGGAAGAGGUAAAGGAGACCAAGGAAGAGAUUGCUGCACAACCAAAGAACCAUCAUGAAGAUCAGGCUGUGAAGGUUGUUGAAGACAGCAACAGCUCUAGCAGCAGCAGCAGCAGCAGUGGCAGUAGUAACACCUCUAAUAGUGAUGUCACGAGCAGUGGAGGUGAAACUGGAAACGAGAGCGAGAGUGAAACAAGUGCUGAAGAUGAUGGAGUCAUAAAUGGUUGUGUGGGAGCUGUCACGGAUGAUGGUGGUGGAUCUGUUCAUGCACAUGAACAAGUGAUUGCUGGUCUACAUUUGCAGGGGCAAGAUAAUGACCGGGUUCUUGAUCUUGACUUUGUAGAUGAGAGGGAGGAUGCUGGCAUUAGUGAGAGCAUUGACAUGGGUGUUGAAGAGGUGCUAAAGUCUUUUGAGUGGGAUGAAGACAUGAAUGGAGUCAUUUCUGAUGAUCAGGAUGAUCUGCCCGACUUCAACAAGCGUAAAGGAGAUGAUAUUGGUGACGACUUCUUACUGGAAUUUGACCUUCCCACAAAAUUGCCCCGCACUGAAGGCACGGAUACUGUCCAUGAUAACAAACAGUUCUCAGCUGCUUCCGUAUCGAGAGAAUGCAAUAGACCUUUGGGUUUGGACUUUCCAGAUCAAGUCACAUCUCCUGGUUCAUGUGGAGCAGACCUUGGGCCGUUGGAUAUACUACAAAUGGAAGGGUCAGGAGAAUUGGCACAAGGUGAUACACUUCCAUGGGCUGUUGGUCCCAUGCCGGGAGAAUAUAACGAUUCUUCAUUCUUCUUGCUCUUUGAAGCAGAUAUCGGAGAGCCACCAGACACGCAACUGAACAUCUCACCAAAAUCUCAACUUCGGCAACCUCUGCUAGACUGCAACACAGAAAUUCCAGGAAUUGAAUUGGAUGGGCAAAAGUUGUUGAAUGCUGAGACAGAAAAAGGUCUGAUUGCACCGAUGACACCAGAGUCUGGAAUAUCUGUAGCCAAUCAGGGCAUGACAAUGUCGAUGAGUGACCCAAGGGUGUGUGAGGCAGUUAUCGUUUGUCCACCAAGUUAUCGAGCUGUCAAACUUCCGCAACCUAUGGCUGAGGGAAGACCAGGUUCUGGUGGAGGGAGCAGCUCUGAUGUACAGUUUCAGUACACACCAUCUGAAGUUGUGAAGACAUGGAUGGAUGAGUGUGCUAAGCGGAAAGGGUACAUAUAUUCUGCUGCACUGCCAACAUCAAGAGACAAGGGAAGGAAAAGAACACCGAAAGAUAUCCUUGGCCACAGUCAAAUUGCAGGAAGCACCGAACGAUUCCAGAGAAGGAAGAUAGGGUUGGCAGAGCGAACGGCACAAAUUACGGGAACUCUCCAAACACGUGUGGCAUCCAGUGUUGUAGGUCGUCAAGAAGCAGCAGAGAUGGCGAAGCUGAAGCAAGAGCACAGCAAUAGCAGUGCUGAGCAUGGGAAAAUCCACAGUGGCAAAGCGGUGGAGUUGGAUGCGUCACAGUCUCUGCUGGAGGGCGGCACAAAUGCUAGACAGAAUGAUGUGAAAGAGGUUUCCAACCGCUUAACCAAGCAGAAAUCCAAUGGUGGUUUCAGUGUUGGAAAGACAGGGCCAUGGGAGGGGGUGUCUAGAGAUGGUAUCGUGAACUCCACUGACCUUGCAACUACACCCAGGCCACCAGCAGUGGCAUCAGAGAUAGAGUCGAUGAUUUUAUUUGUACGUGCUUGUGAGCGUGCACGAGUCAUGCUUGUACAAGAGAUGGAAAAACGUGAGAGAGCUGCUGGUGGGAACCUUGGGGGGGAUAACUGUCCAAGUGUCCCUAGCAAGGAAGUUUUUCCACUGUCACAUAGUGGAAAAGGGAGUGGGAGUGCUGUGGAGGAUGCUCAGAUUGGGAAGGGAUGGACACAAUGCAAUAGUGAGGAGGAGCUUUCCAGGAGUGUGCAAGGCCAAGCAAUGGUGCAGAUGAAGGUGGAGAUUGGUGAAUGGAGGGACGUUGGAGAGCCAGCUCGCAGCAGUGCUCAAGAGCCUUUGGCUGUUGGCAGCCAGAUGCUUCUGGCAAGGCAAGUGCAGGAUGGCUUGCGAUCAAGAGGCAGUGGAGGGGCUAGCCUGGGACUCGGUUUGGGUUCGAGUAUGGGGACUGCUGGAAUUGGCUUGGGCAUGAGUGGUAGUGGAACUGGAAAACUGGAUGGAAGGCCUGGGCCUGGGAUCGUGAAAGCUGAAGUUGGAGUGCGGGGGAUGGCCUCAAAUGCCAAUGUCUAUCCAAUUGACAGGAAUCAGAGUGCGGCUUCUGAUCCAAAAUCAAGCAGUGAUCACAAAGUGGGGGCAAGAUGUCUUGUUCAAGGAGCUCAACAACAGGCAGCUUGGACUGCAAGUGUAGGUCGAGGAGAAAAUGUAUUUGGAGGCCGAUCAUCAAAGGUGGCUCAUGCUGGAGUGCCUGACGGUGCACUAGGAACUGCUGCGGCUGCUUCGCCAGCAGCGGUAGGUGAAUCAGAAAGGGAAAGUUCAUGCUGGGGUGACAUGGUAGAUGCAAUUCCACUUUUGGCGCAGCAGGCACUUGUUGUGAUGGAUGCUGGUGGACUCGAUGGUGAAUGUGGUGAUGGGGCAUUGCCACAACUAGCUGUUCGCAGCUGCAUUGGCAAGAAAAUGUCUGGACAAGGAGCUACAGGUGAAACCUCUGGUGUGUUCAUAGCGAUCGAUGAACUUGGUGAUGGUGCAGAUGACAUCAUUCCAGAGGUUCUUGAGCCGCUGGCGGCAGAGGUAACCGCUGUGAUGAAAAAAAAUCUCUUUGUCCCUGUUUUCUGUUCCACUGAAUUUCUCAGCCCAUGACACACAUCUCCAGUCUCCUUCCUCCCCCAUGAAAGGAACCAACAAUUUUGACGGUCAUGGACCUAACUGCAAGGAAAAUGAGCAAUAGUGAAAUGAAAGAACUCCAAAUUG